CUGCGCAUUAAAAACCCUAAGCAAAACUAGAACAACAAGUGUCAAAAUCAGCUGUUUUCUCAUAAUAGUAGUGACGCGAGUGAACGAUAAAUCAGACGCCCAACACAACACGUAAUUAAUGACUAAAGUCGCACCCCGCCACCAAAAAUAACCCCUUUUCAUGAAAACUACACAAUGGAUCCGCUCGUAUCAAGCCUAGAUAAACUCCUCAAGUGCAAAAACGAGGAUCCGGCCCGUUUUUACACGUACUUAAGCGAUUACACUUUAACUGAGCAUGACGAAAAACACUUCAUUGAGAGUUUCAUUCCCAAGGUGUAUUAUCUGUAUGACAAGAAAGUCCUGCGGAAGGACCUCGUCUACUUGUCGUUAUUGGCUGGCGAGAACCACCAUGUUCUAGAAAAAUUCAUCGAAUACGAUAAAUCAAUUUUUGUUUUAAAUAUUGACGAUCCAGUUUCACUUUUUGAUUACUAUGUUUAUGAGAAAAAACACUGGGUUUACGAGAUCGUGAAUAAUCCCAGCGGGUUCGAUAAACUCAUUCCGUUGAAAACGAUAUACAAUAAGCUGAAAAUGAUCAAGUUUAUUUAUGAGACGAACUUCCCAGAAGUGGACAUUGAAUAUUUACACAGUCUAUCAGCGCAGAUCGACGUGGAAGUUUUAGACGAUUUCUGGAAAUUUUACGUAGAUGAGAUAAUUAAAUUUAUUGAAGUUGUGAGAUUUUGUAAACCGUUGCUUAAGCGUGAGGUUAGUGACUCCGAAUUGUUUGCUUUUGGUAGCAGCAACGCUUUAUUGGACACGCUGUCGAGAUUUGUUGAUUUGGGGGACCCGGCACGGUGGGACACUAUUUUAAACAGACUCAAACUCAACACCAAUGAGGACGAAUUGAAUGUUUUUACAGGAUUUAUGAUCAUAGCAACUUUGAUCAGACUACUACUACAAGAAAACUACAACACCAACAAUCAAAAGAAAGAUUUCGUGAAUUCGGUUUUCGAAGAUGUGAAAACGUGGCUUUUAUCGCUACAAAACAAGCAACUCCAAGUGGAACUUCUUGAGAACGUGUUCUCUUUGCUGUUUCACCGAAGCCGCAACGAAUUCACGUGCAAAGAAAAAGAAAUUCGCUUCAUUCUUUUCCUCCUAAAGUCGGUGAUUGAAGAACUCCAACUGAAGAAAACCCACGAAAAAACUUCCCCUGAACAUAAAAAACUGUCUAGUCUCAUGAACCUCGUAACUGAUUCUCUCUGGAGGUUAGAUUUAAUCAUCAACACAAAAAUGACCCCGAAAAUCGAGGAGCGUCUUUUAAACUACAUGCUAGCGCCACCUGCGUCCCUCAUCCACCUCUGCUUGAAACGUAGAAACUUCGAGAGGGCGCAUCAGGUCAUACAGAUUUUUGAUCUGAGGGAUAGCGAUCUGGCGCACGAAGUGACUUACGCGGAGAGUUUACUCGCUUUCAAGAAGUUUCUGCGGAAAAAUGGGAAGCUGAAAGUGUCUAUAGAUCGAUCGGUUGAAGAUUUCUUCCAGGAGAAUCCGCCUCGAGUUAAUAGGGAAGUAGAACAAGCUAUGGAGAAGUUAGGCGAGAAGUUCAAACAUGUUCUUCAUUUUAAAAGUGAUAACGAAACAUUUAUGAACGUUUUCGAUUUUGCCUUGACGAGUACGAAAACGUGGGAGGAGUCGGAGCUACUUUUGAAAUUGGCCGCCGACAAGUACAAUUUAGACGAUUCCAUACCUUCAAACUAUCGAAAUUUCUAUAAAAGAAUCACAGAACUUGCUUACGUAGUUGGUCCAAAGGACAACGUUUCCCUCCCUGAGAUUCUUACUUCACCACAGUAUCCCCUCGAUGUCACACACUACAAUAGCAAAGAAGAAUUCUAUGACGCUCUAGGCAAACUGUACGACGAAUUCCAAACGCAAGUUCAGAACAGAGACCCUGGUAGCUUCAACAAGAACCACCCUAGCCAUAAAACCUUACUCAAAAUGAACGACCUAUGCCAAAAGUACUUGCAAGAGACUUCCAGCGAAAAAGAACCCAUCCAGUACUUACAACGCACGUUCAACUACCUCAAAGCCUUCUCCAGAAUCUUAUACAUCGAGCAAAACAGCUCCGACAUCAUCACCAAACAGACAAACGCUUCUUUCUUCGACAUCUUCGAUUUCAAUCGAUCCGAGCUCACCGGGAAACUCCUCUUCGAGCGCCACCUAGACCCCACCGAAUUCGAAAAGUACUUCGGAAAACUUAAACUGGACUUUUUGUACCACGUGGUGGGUAACUGCUUCCCAACUAUCAACCUCCACGUCCAGGAGAACGUCACCGUCGAAGAACUGUACCAUGACAACAUGCUUUAUAUUCCGAGUCCUAGUAUCAUCGUCUACAUCCAAAAGCGAAACUGGUUGCUUGCCUUUAUUUUAAGCGAAAUGUACAAAGUCGAGGGUAUCAAAAUCGACAUCAGCGAGGUGCGUCUUCGCACCUUCUUCAACUACUUGAAGUUGCCGAAGAUCCAGCACUUGAAGGCGAUUUUCGAGAAGAACGAUAUCAUUGCGGCUCUCCAGAAUUGCAUCAGUGCGCAGAAAGUGAGGUUGUACCUCAGGCAGCACAUCGUCGAGCCGGACGUUAUAUCGAUUCAAUCAGCACACAGUAACAGUUCGGAGGAGGUGUUAGAAACCGGGGUGGAGAUGCUCGAAGACGCGAAGACGACCAAUUGGAAGUCUCUGUAUGAUCUUAUUGAGAGCGUGCCCGAGAAUCAAAUGAAAAAGAAGCCAGAUUUGGUUGCUUUGAGGGACAUGGUUUUGGUAAAUAUCGUGCAGGAUGGGUUCGAGUCGGAGUACUAUAGAUACACUUUUUAUAUUACUGAGAGGGAUUUACGGAUUGAUACGAUAUUUAAUAAUUUGAAGAGAUGGCCUGGGAAAUUCGCGUCCGACGUUAUCAAGGCGGAAGUCAGCAGGUUUGAUUGUUUGAUGGACAGUAAAGUCGAAACGUUGCGAGAUUGGCUGAAGCAUAUUGAGCUUAAUGAACAGUUGAAAACCGUUUUCGACCUCAAAUCGUGGUACAAAAGUUACAACUUCUGCAAGAAUUACCCGGAAAGUGCCUUGGAAAAGAUUUUGCUCACGGAUAACGUGGACCACUUACUGGACUUCAUCAAACUUUAUAAACCCUCCGAGGACACUCUUUGUAACAUCACCACGACCUACUUGUCCAAAAUCAUGGACUUAAACAUCCCCUUAACCAAAAUCAAAACCAUCCUUGAUAGUCUCCCGUUUGAACACGCCAUCAACACCUGCCACAAUCUCCUCACCCUUCUGCGCAAUCUCGAGUACCUUCAAUUCAUAGCCGACUACCUAAACAACAACGUAACCGACGACCUCUUCCUCAAAAACGUGCAAGUCAGCCUAAAAAUGCUUACCGUGUUUAAUGCAACCGACCAAGAACAACUAUUCUGCCUAAUCAACGAACCUCUAAGCAUCCUUGAGGUCCUACUCAUGAACACGAAACUCGACAAACUCGCAGCUAUUCUUGAAGUCCUGAACGUACCUAACCAAGAUUACAGUCGAGAGAUCAUCAGUGUGGAGAAAAUCGAUGAAUUGUUGCGACGGUACGCCGAGAAGAGCCUAGAUUUUAGGGUGAUCACGCAUCCCAACCCUCGUUUACUCAAGACGCCUGAACCUACUAAGUUGCUUCAGUCGUUUGAUUCUUUGAGUUUGGCGUCUGAUAAGAAGCAGUUUGUGGUACCGGAGGUGGUACCUACGAAAGAGGAGUGGGUGCAGAAUGAUGAAGUUGUGGAGUGUAUGUGUUGUCGGCAAGUUACCUUCUCCAUGUUCAGUAGGAGGCACCACUGUAGAAGAUGCGGGCGUGUGGUGUGCUAUGCGUGUUCUUUGAAGAGGAUGUUGGUACCGACGUACGGAGAUAUUCUGGUGAGGGUGUGUCUGGACUGUUUCGCACAGACUUGUAGCAGUUCUGACAAAAGCGAUAGUAAUGCUUCGGAAAAGAGUGACUUGCCGUCAUCAAGAUCCUUCGUCCAAGAGUACUGGUUCUUGAAUGACGAUCCCGAGCAUAACAAGAUCAUCAGAGAGGAGUUUUCGUACGAACACGCACCGAGUACCUCUUUGUGUUUCUCGAUUUUGAAGUACCAUUCUAAGAGUGUCGAGUACCCGAAGUUUCUGCUAGAGCAGUGCGAGAUAAUGUUGAAACUACUACAACCGAACAAGGAGCCCACGCACGAAAUCGACUAUCUCUUGGUGAUAAAGAUGUUGAAGUCUCUAGCAGUAGCCGCGAAAAUGGUGUCUGCAGAAAAUAUGCUGAGUUCUGGGACUUCCAUGGCUGAUAGAAUUCUAUCUCAAGCAGAGCUUUUGGCUUUGUUGGCAGAAAGAGGUUGUUUGAAUUUAAUGCCCCUAGUAGGAGGGCAAAACCUCUACAUCGACCCUACCGUAUUGAGGAGGUUACGCGAUAAGUUACUACAACGCGAGCAGUGGAAUUUAGCGUUGGAGGUUUCCACAAAAGCGGGACUAGACAAUUCAGGUGUGUUCGCCGCCUGGGGUAAAAGCUGCUUAAAAGCCGGCAGCCUUUUAGUCGCCAGAGACAAAUUCCAGCGAUGUUUCGACAGACACAACCAAUACGAAACUUCCUCUAUCGCCAGCAGACAGUCCGACCUAUAUAGAAGCUUGGACAGUCUUACAUUGAGCAGGUCCCGCCUAUCCUCCCGAAUCUCCACCAGUAGCACCCUUUCCACCGAAAACAAACCAAUCAAAGACCCUCCUCUCCUUCACGAAAUCAUCGAAAUCUUGGAAACCAAGACACGGACCAUCAAGUCCGAGGUCCUCGAAAAAGCCCAACGCAUCACCAUUUCAGGGUCGAUGUCGAGCUUAAACCAAAUCGCACCCUUCACGGUACACACAGACACGGCUAUCUGCGUGGUAAACCGAAUUAAAAACCUCAAGGAGAUCGUUUCAGGGAACUUUUCUUUCGCCGAAGGAAAAAAAGUCAAUCCUUACAGCUCCAAGCCAUCUAUAGACCCGAUUUUCUACGACGAGUGUGUUUAUUAUUUGACCAAAUACGGUACCCAUUUGAGUCUACUGGAAUUCUAUGUGAGACACGGCGAUAUUCAUACCGCGUUGUUGUACAUUGUUGAAAACAGGCUAACGACUGAUCUUUUCGUCGAAGUUUACAUGAAGUGCCUCAAGGACGGCGUCGUGAAUAUUUUGCAAGAACAGAUGUCUCGAAUUGACUCAUCCUUGAAUUUGUGGAAGGAUUAUUUGAGGCAGUUGUGUCGUCAACUCGAAAAGCAUCAGUUGUUGAAUUGUUUGUAUCAGUUGCAGUUGUACAUAGGCGACUACGUGAGAGCAGCCAUGACGUGUAUUCGGUUUUACGAAGAAAAUGUGAAGAGUUUUACCGAGUUGGCGAACAACAUGACGCAUUUGUACAAAGGGGAGGAGCAUUUGAAACAGGUUUUGGAGCAGGAGCAGUGGGUGGACGUGUCAGUUGACACUAUGAGCACCAAUUCGAAGGACAGUUUCCACGAACGAAUGCUCUCAAACCCCGACCUAGUAAUGAAAAUCGACACUAAAGACAUCAACAAACACAUUGACACCGUAUCAAGGCAAGUCGAAAUCGUCAAUUUUCUCUCACGGUGUGAAUCGUCGGGCGUCAACACAAGACAACUCUUAACAGACCUCAUUUCGUUCAAAGAUUCCAACUUUACCAACGAAAAACUAACGAUCCCGAUACUUUUCGGUUCCACUGCCGAUAAGAUACACCUCGCGACGAUGGCGAUCGUCGCCGGCAGGAGCGUCGAAGAAGGUUUCCAGCUCGCCACAAACAUAAUAGAAGAUUUUAAAUUGCGUCCGAUCAAGGUGUAUUGUUUGGCUGGGAAACAGUUCGCGAAAUCGGAACGCUACAACGGGAUUUCACAGCUGGUUAACUGCAUCAAGUCCACGGGAAUUAACGAUUCGGCUGUUUCGGAUAUGUUGGAUGAAAUGCUUGCUCAGGCUGUCGGAACGCUGAUUAAGGCGAACGUAACGGCGACCAAAGUGGAGGAGUUGAUCAAGCUGAUAAAGGACAGGGCGAUAAAGAUUUCGGCGUACAUUGAGGCGAAGCAGUUGAAGACUGCGUAUUUUUUGGCUGUUAAAUAUAAAAGGACUGCGGAUGUUAGGAGGAUACAAAGGGAGGCUGAGUUGCUGAAUAUGCCUGCGAUUAAGGCGCUGUGCCAAAAGGUUCUUCAGACUUCGCCUUCCACGUCGCAUUCCAAAGAGUAAUAGGCUGUGAUUGAGUACCAUGAGAGGCUAUUUUUGUACCUUAUAUGUAAUUAACAAAUAAACUUUUAUUAAUAUAA